CGCAUUUUGGAUGUUGGGGGGACGAAAGAAAAAGAAAUGAAGAACCGAAGAACGCCCUUAUGACCAAUGCCUUCUCUCUCUCUUCCUCUGUCUCUCACUUCUCUCUGCACUUUAUUCUGUUCAAAAUUUGUUACUUUGCUGUUGCUGAGAACGAGGCUGUUUGUUUCUUGGGGAGAGAGAGAGAGAAACAAAGGCAAAGGGGGAAAAAAAGCAGCUUGAGCAUUCUCUCUUUCUUUCUUUUUUUGCCUGCCUCUGUGUCUGCCGCAUUGUCUUGCUUGUUCCACUCUUAAGACUCCCUCUCUCUCUCUCUCUCUCUUCACUUACCAUUGCGUUAGAGUGUUCAUCCUCGCAGACACCCCCCCCCGCGCACACACUCUCUUUCUCUCACUCACUCAUUUGCUGAUCUUUCCUCCUUUUGUCCCCUGUUUUCAUUGUCUUACACAAGCCAACACAGUCCCAGAAGAGGGAAAAUCUGGAAGACCCAUCUGGUGUUUAGCCUCUCUUUGCUGCUGUUUCUGGGCUUAUUUUGGUAUUUGUCCCAAAAUUACCUCAGAUAAGGAGGGGACACAAAUCCAAGUUUUUUCCCCCCUGGUUUGGGAGUUGUGCAUUGAGAAGUUUUGUGGAGCGAGAAAGCAUCUGAAGGAGCUUUUGGCACUUGUGUUUCUGAUUAACUUUGAUGAUUCCAAGCAAAAGCCAGGGGAGGAGGGAGAGCAGAGCACACUCCACAGCUGCAUGAACUGUUGUGAUACAAUGACAGAUGGCAACUCCAAGAAAAGCAAGGUUCCUUUGAAAUGACUACUGACUUUUACGUAUGCAUCUCAAUGAUGAAGCUCUCAUGGUCAAAGAGGUUGGUCAGGAAGCUGUGCAACAUCAAGUGCAAGCCUGAGGACUUUCAGGCAGAUGAAAUGGUUUGUGCAGGAGGUGAUGUUGAAAUCCGAACCAGCAUAUCGGGGAGAGAACCGGGCACAAUCAAGAAAAGCAGAACAGAAAAGUUCAACAAGAGUGCGGAGCAGCAUCGGAGAAGGAGAAUGAAUCUUGAUAAUCCAAGAAUUAUAGAUGUGCACAACUACAGCAUUUUUGUGGCCACAUGGAACGUAGGAGGAAGAUCCCCACAUCAGAAUCUGAACCUAGAUGAUUGGCUUCAUGCAUCUCCUCCAGCCGACAUUUAUGUACUCGGAUUCCAAGAAAUAGUUCCUUUGAAUGCCGGUAACAUUCUGGGAGCAGAAGACAGCGGUCCGGCCAAGAAGUGGCUGGCUCUUAUUCGUAAAUCUCUAAACAAUCUCCCAGGAACCAGUGGAGGCAACGUUUGCUACACCCCGUCUCCAAUACCUCAACCAGUCGCAGAAAUAAACGCAGACUUCGAGGCAUCGGUGAGGCGCAAGGCCUCGGCUCUCUUCCCUCGCCGAUCAUUCCAGACAACCCCCAGUUGGAGAGAUACUGACCCUUCGAUCGGCCAGCCACGGCUUGAUCGACGGUAUAGUGUUUGUGACAGGGUGAUUUUUGGUCACAGAGCCAGUGAUUUUGACCCCAGUUUUAGAUGGGGCCACCGGCCAAGCGAUUAUUACCGGCCAAGUGAUUAUUCCCGGCCAAGCGAUUAUUCCAGACGGAGCGACUCCCGACGGAGCGAUUAUUCUCGGCGGAGUGAUUAUUCUCGGAGGAGUGAUUUUUCCCGCCCAAGCGAUUACUCGAGAUGGGGUUCGUCGGAUGAUGACAAUGGGCUUGGACCUGAAGAUUCCCCAAGCACGGUGUUAUAUUCACCGACGUCUUACGGAGGUUUCCCAUCGAAUGAAAAUGGUUAUAGAACAAGAGGGAAUUCAAGAUAUUGCUUAGUUGCGAGCAAGCAAAUGGUGGGCAUCUUCCUGACGGUGUGGGUGAGGAGUGAACUGAGGGACCAUGUCCAGAACAUGAAGGUCUCUUGCGUUGGUAGAGGAUUGAUGGGCUACCUUGGAAAUAAGGGAUCUAUUUCAAUAAGCAUGUUGUUGCACCAAACAAGCUUUUGUUUCAUAUGUAGUCAUCUAACCUCAGGCCAGAAAGUGGGCGAUGAGCUGAGAAGGAACUCUGAUGUUAUGGAAAUUCUUAAGAAGACGAGGUUUCCCAAAGUUAACAGUGCCGGGGCUGAGAAGUCCCCGGAAACCAUUCUUGAGCAUGACCGGAUUAUUUGGCUUGGGGAUUUGAACUAUCGUAUUGCCCUCUCAUAUCGAUCUGCCAAGGCACUUGUGGAGAUGCGGAAUUGGAGGGCGCUUUUGGAGAAUGAUCAGUUACGAAUCGAGCAGAGGCGAGGCCGGGUCUUUGUGGGGUGGAAUGAAUCGAAAAUUUAUUUUCCACCGACAUACAAGUACUCUACCAAUUCAGACAGAUAUGCAGGGGGCGAUAUGCAUCCGAGGGAAAAGCGUCGUACACCUGCUUGGUGCGAUCGAAUUUUAUGGCAUGGGGAAGGCCUUCAUCAGCUAUCCUAUGACCGUGGUGAGUCAAGGUUCUCGGACCACAGACCUGUUUAUGGCAUUUUCUGUGCUGAGGUUGAAUCAAGCCAUACACGGUUAAGAAAAAGCACAAGCUAUUCUAGUUCGAGAAUUCAGGUCGAGGAACUACUUCCAUAUUCACAUGGAUACACUGAAUUAAGCUUCUUCUGAAUGACGAUGGAACAGCCCUACUAAUACCCAGGUUUAUAUUGGAGAUAGACCUUAAUCGGGAACUCCAUUCCUCUUCAGACAUUUCGAUUCUGAAGUAUCACUUGCAUUAUGUAACCCAGGCACAAUACUGGAGCUUUAUCACAUUCCUCGUCUUGUUGGGUGGCUUAAAGUUAAAACGGGUAGGGCAACUGUUUCACAAACAUGAAGGAAAUACUGUUCUAAAGAGGAUCUGAAUUUUGCUCAUCUUUUGGAGACUCGAGCAUUUGGAGCGUCUAUGGCGAAGUCACCUGAAAUCACUCCUUCAAAAGAGGACUUCUGGUCCCCAUUUGCAGGCAGAAAUCACUUCGAAGAGUCUCCUUGGAAGGAUGAUGGGGACAUUGCCUUACCCACUAACUGAAAAAGGCGUAAAUACUGCUAACUUCCCCUAAACUACUCGCGACCAUAAAAAACUACAUAGUCUUAGCUACGGAGUUUACAGCUUCAGUACAUAUCAAAACAAGAGAUGCAAUUAACAAGCCAAAUGACUGGUCGCAUAAUCUUCCGCGACAACAGUUUUGGAACUCCACAAUGACUAGGAUGAGACUUCACCAGGCCAGAGUUGCAAGUUCCAGACCAAAGAUUAUUUGAUUCUUUAUUCUAAUUUCUUCAGGAGAUUAAUUUUUUUUUCGACCCUCUUGUGAAUUUAAAAAAGAGAAGGAAGAACGGGCAAACACAAUCAUUUGGGUACUCCCCCUUUUGUUUUAAAUGCAUAUAGAAGUGAGGCAUUUGAUGAUUUUUGUAAGGUUCUUCAUUAUUAAGAGUGAUGAAGGAUCAUAGAGAAAAGAAGGAAAAUGGAAAGAAAAAGCUGAAACCCUCAUGUUCUUGGGCUUGUCUUGUUGCUGAUGAUUAUACUGAAAAGGCAGUGUUCUUGAUCA